GUGAAAUACCCAAAGAGAUAAGCAAUCUCAUUGAGUUGGAGGUACUUGAUCUUGCAGCUAAUAGUUUUAGUGGUUCACUUCCAAUGGAGAUCUUCAACAUAUCCAGGCUAAGAGUGAUUUCUCUUUCAUUCAACAAUCUAUCAGGAAGCCUCCCACCAAACAUGUGUUCUGUCAUACCAAACAUUGAAGUGAUUUAUCUGACCUUUACCAAUCUUGUUGGGACUAUUCCUCAUUCCAUCUCCAAUUGUUCAAAGCUUACUCGUCUAGAGCUUGCAGGAUUUUUUGGAGAUUAUAUAUGUAAAUUUCAGCAUUUGGGUGCUAUUUACGUAGGUCAAAAUCAACUCUCAGGGUCUCUUCCUAAUUGUUUAGGGAAUAUUACUUCCAAUAUACCACCAAGCUUAGGAAGCCUUCAAGAUCUAGUGGUUCUUGACUUAUCGUCAAACAACAUGGUAGGUUCUUUACCUCCAAGAAUUGGAAAUCUAAAGUCUGCAACAAAGAUGGAUCUAUCAAUGAAUCAAUUCUCAAAUGGAAUUCCUAGAGAAAUUGGAGAAUUACAAAAUCUGGCACACCUUUCUUUGAGACACAACAAGUUGCAAGGAGCUAUACCUGACUCAAUGAGCAACAUGGGAAAUUUGCCUCAAGAAAUUACACGCUUGCGUCGGCUCAAGUUUCUUGAUUUAAGUUUCAACAACUUCAGUGGGAAGGUUCCUUCUUGGAUCGAAGUCAUUGCAUUUACUGGCAAUAGCUUAUCAGGAAGUCUUCCCAAUGGUUUAUGCAAUGGUGUCCCAAUACUCGAAGGGCUUUAUCUGUCUUAUAACAAGCUUCACGGUCAUAUGCCUACAAGCUUAGCAAAUUGUUCACAACUUCAACUUUUGUCUUUAACGGGCAAUGAGUUUGAUGGACCAAUACAUAGUGAAAUUGGAAGAUUGAGUACCUUGCAGUUUUUGUAUCUCGGAAGUAACCAUUUCACGGGUGAAAUACCCAAAGAGAUAAGCAAUCUCAUUGAGUUGGAGGAACUUGAUCUUUCGACCAAUAAUUUUAGUUGUUCACUUGAUAUGGAGACCUUCAACAUAUCGGGGCUGAGAAUACUUGGUCUUACAGACAACGAUCUAUCAGGAAGCCUCCCACCAAAUAUAGGUUCUAUGUUACCCAACAUUGAAGUGCUUUAUCUGGGCAACUUAACCAAUCUUGUUGGGACUAUUCCUCAUUCCAUAUCAAAUUGUUCAAAACUUACUAUUCCAGAGCUUACAACAAACUCACAGGCUUGA